ACGUCAGGCUGAACGCAGCGCUCUCGCUCUCCUCCUCCUCCUCCUCCUCCUCCUUCUUCUCAUCUACAGUGGUAAUCCUUGCUGACACCACGCACAAAGGACUAAAUGCCGCCUGCAUCCUCCAGUAGCCUUCUUCUUCUUCUUCUUCCAGCUCUGAUCCUACACGGCCAACCUGUCUGUCCAUACGUCGGGGAUGUUGUUUAAAGAGGACUUGGAUCUAUAAACCACAUCCCUGGAAUGCUGGCCUGGCUCUUCUAAUCCUCCGCCUCUUCCUCCUCCUCAUUCGUCGGCCGGUUCAUUCAGGGAGAGCAUCACAACAGAGGCUUUUUUAAAAUAUUUUUUUUCUACAUUUCCCAUUUCUUUCCUGGACUACAAGUGGCUAUUUAUUUAUUUAUUUUAAACAUCUGAUGGGUUCAUGUAGCUAAAUAUCAGAGCUGCAUCCUUUGCAUCCUGCUGUUGUCGAUCUCGCUGCACAUCUGUAUGCCAACAGUCACCCCCGAUCUGUUCCCGGAAACGACGCUGGUGCCGUCUCUCCCGGCGAUACCCUCUGCGCGAUCCGCCUCCUCCUCCUGCAAGGCCCGCAGGCGCAGCAGCAGGGGUGACUGUGCUGCCAGGCCUCGGCCUUUGCCCGCAGCCUGCAGGCCAGGCCUGAAAAGAGGCAGCAUGGAGGUGGGGAUGCGCGUGGUGCGUGGCCUGGACUGGAAGUGGGGAAACCAGGACGACGGCGAGGGUCACGUGGGCACCGUGGUGGAAAUCGGUCGGCAGGGGAGCACGACGACCCCGGACAAGACGGUGGUGGUUCAGUGGGACAGCGGCACACGAACCAACUACCGCACAGGAUACCAGGCUGCCUAUGACCUGCUGCUGUAUGACAAUGCUCAAAUUGGAGUCCGUCACUCCAAUAUCAUCUGCGACAGCUGCAAGAAGCAUGGCAUCAUGGGAAUGCGGUGGAAGUGCAAAGUGUGCUUCGACUACGACCUGUGUACCCAGUGUUACAUGAACAACAAGCACGACCUCAGUCAUCCGUUUGAGCGUUAUGAGACGGCCCAUUCCCAGCCAGUGAACCUGACACCGAGGCAGAACCUCCCACGCAUCAUCCUCAAAGGAAUCUUCCAGGGUGUUAAAGUCGUCCGUGGACCAGACUGGGACUGGGGGAACCAAGACGGCGGGGAGGGUAAGGUUGGGAAAGUGGUGGACAUUCGUGGCUGGGAUACGGAGUCUGGCCGCAGCGUGGCCAGUGUCACCUGGUCCAAUGGCACCACCAAUGUCUACCGAAUGGGCCACAAAGGCAAAGUGGACCUGAAGUACGUGUCGGAUGGCCAGGGAGGCUUCUACUACAAAGAUCACCUGCCCAAGCUUGGUGAGCAUGCAGAGCUCCAGCGCCAGGAGAGCGCUGAUGGCCACUCGUUUCAGCAGGGAGACAAAGUCAAAUGUCUAUUGGAGGUGGACAUCUUGCGACAGAUGCAGGAAGGACACGGAGGGUGGAAUCCCAAAAUGGCAGAGUACAUUUGUCGGAUCGGGACGGUUCAUAGAAUAACUGACAGAGGAGACGUCCGAGUCCAGUAUAGCAACAACAUCCGCUGGACUUUCCACCCGGGAGCUCUCACCAAAGUGAACACCUUUGGAGUUGGCGAACUGGUUAAAGUACUGGAUGAGCUGGAAAAUGUGAAGAGACUUCAGGCUGGCCAUGGAGAGUGGACAGACAGCAUGACUCCUGUGCUUGGCCAGGUGGGAAAGGUGCUGAAAGUUUACGCUGACGGUGACCUGCGGGUGGCGUUUGGAGGUCAGACGUGGACGUUCAACCCGGCGUGCCUUACAGCCCAGCCUGCAGAGGUUGAUGCCAACCUCAUGACGGCCGAGAACCCCAAUGAAUCUGGAAGUACUGUCAUCUCCGUGCUGGAGAAGCUGCUGUCUCAGUCCACGGAGCAGGACAACCCCGGCCGGCUCGUCAUCGAGGCAGCCCACGGGAGUGCCAGCAAAGUGCGGGAGUUGGUGCAGAAGUAUCCCGACAAGGUGGAUAUCAAGAACCAAGGCAAGACGGCUCUGCAGGUCGCCGCCCACCAAGGCCACACAGAGGUGGUGAAGACCCUGCUGCAAGCCAACAGCUCCGUCGAGGUCAAAGAUGAAGAUGGAGACACAGCUUUACACUACACUGCCUUCGGUAACCAGGCGGAGAUUGCGCGGCUGCUGCUGAGCAAAGGGGCGAAUGUCAACGUGCUGAACAACUCCAUGUGCACAGCGCUCCACAUCGCUGUCAACAAGGGCUUCACUGACGUGGUGCGAGUGCUGACUGAACAUGCGGCUGACGUCAAUCUCCAGGAUUCAUACGGGGACACGCCGCUCCAUGAUGCCAUUGCUAAGGAUUUCCGCAGCAUCAUUGAGAUCCUGGUCGUAGUGCCCAACAUUGACUUCACCCAGCAGAACCACAGAGGCUUCAACCUGCUUCACCACGCCGCCCUCAAAGGAAACAAACUGUAAGUAUACCAAGAUUAAACUUUGAAAUC